UUGUUAAUUAUUCCUUCUUGUUUCUUGACUUUCCCCACUUUCUUUCUGCCCUUUCUUUUCCCAAUCAAUUAAUCCUAAGUAUCCAACCACCACCAUCAUCAUCAUUCUCACUUUACAUCAUCAUCUUCCCACUAAAUUGUUAUAUAAUGAUUUUAUCAAAUUUAAGUUGGUACUGAAAUGGGUGUCAUCAAUUUCCUCUUUCCAUUUCCCCUUCGUCGAAUCCAUUGACCAUGAAUUAAGAUUUUGUUUUUUGGGUCACCAAUUUUCAGGCAUCAUUGGUUUUCCGACGUCAUGAGUUUUCCGGCAUCAUAAUUUGGGCAGUCAUUAAUCACCAUUGUCUCCAAACAAGGAAAUAAGAUUGACCAAACUUGCCAUCCAAUCUGGAAACCGUGAGCCUUGAUAAUCAGAGAUCGUUAGCAUCUUUAAUUUCAAAUGGGGUUGAAGAGCCUCUAAAACCUCUUCUGCCGGUGAGUGGUCUUCACUUCCAUCCUUUGAACUCCAAAAUAGAUUUAAAGAAUUUAUAUUUUGCUUCUUUUUCAAGUUAGCACUCUAAGUUUUUCCGGCAGGAAGGCGUCAUGAGUUUUUCCGACCAGCAUCAACAUUUGGAGGAUGAUAUUUAUGUUUCACAACCAAAAAAUGAGUGGUUUGGUGAUAUUCUUUGUCUACUUCAACAUAUCCGCAACGCCAAAUUUCUUACUUUUAACAUGGAAAUUCUUCAGCAUCUUUCUUCGUGCAUGGAACAAAUCUUACAUCAACCUUUUGUCUUCAAUAACUUAAAGUGCUUAAAGAUUUGUUCACAAAGUGUAUCCUCACAGGUGCAAGCAUCCAAUAGAUGCUUUGUUCUUGAUAGUUCCCCGGGUGCCACACUUGAGAUGCAGGAGACUGUAGCACAAAGCCUCGUGGUCGAAUUACAGGUUCUUCUCGAGGAAGAAAAAGCUAAUGCCAAGACCAAUAUGUCUCAAAUGGAGCGAGGGGAAGUCCUAGAGGAGAAACAUUAUGCAAAGAUGCUUGGACAAGGGAAGUCACAAGAAGAGACACAAUUACUUAAAGUGAAAAAAAUGAGAGAAAAGAUUGAGAGAUGUUUGGAACAUAAAAUUAAAGAAAGGGAAUCAAAGUAUCGUCUCAUUGUUUCAAAGUUGCAGUGGAUUGAAAAGGUCAUGGAAAAGCUGCCUGCAUCGAAGAGGGAUUUGCUUUAGAUAAUCUGUCGAUCUGCAAUGGAUAAUUUUGAAACAUGCACAAAAAUACUCAAUGAGCGAGGAUUUAAGUUUUCAUAUCAACUAAAUAGAAUCUCCAAAGCAAGAGAUUUUGAAACAUCCACAAUUUAGAAUUUUCAUAUUGUAGUAAUGAAGUCUUUGUGAUAGAUAUUUUCAAUAAAAAGUGUCCGAAUUUUGGUGACAAA